AUGAUCGGAUCCCUGGCCGCGGCUGAGAUCCGCAAGAUCUGUCAGCAGAACAACCUUCCCAUAACCGAUGCCUUCGCGCCCUUCGAAUCCCAAGUGACCUGGGUUGCGCUGCGAGUCGACACAACCAAGCUGCGCAGCCUGAAACUCACCUCCCUCGAAUUCCGCAAGAAGGUCGGUGACCUUGUUUUCAACCAUAAAGCCGGAUAUACCAUCCACCGACUCGUGUUGGUGGGCGACGACAUUGACGUCUACGACGGCAAGGACGUGAUGUGGGCAUUCUCCACGCGGUGUCGCCCAGGAAUGGACGAGACCUUGUACGAGGACGUCCGCGGUUUCCCGCUCGUGCCGUACAUGUCGCAUGGAAAUGGCCCUAAAGCCCAGGGAGGCAAGGUGGUUUCGGAUGCUCUGAUGCCUACGGAGUAUACCACCGGCCGGGACUGGGAGGCGGCCGACUUUAGAAGUUCCUACCCGGAUGAGCUCAAGAAAAAGGUGCAGAGCAACUGGGAGAAGAUGGGAUUUAGCAAGCUAGAGUAA